AUGGAAAGUGGUACAAAGAUGAAAGUUGCUGUGACUUUCAAGGGAAGUAACUACCUAGUAUGGUCUAGGAUGGUGAAGACUACUGUGGGAAGCAGGGGUUUAUGGAAGCACAUCACAUCUGGUGAGGCUCCAAAGCUUAUUACCCAAGGAGGAGACAAGGAGAGUGUCUCGGAAGCUGAAGCUGAGAAGUGGCAACAAGAGGACUUGAUGGUGAUGUCUGUUCUCCAUGCCUCGUUGGAACCGUCCAUUCUUGAUGCUUACAGCUACUGUGAAACUGCCAAGGAGCUGUGGGAAACACUGAAGAAGGUGUAUGGAAACACCUCUAACCUCAGCCGGGUCUUUGAAGUGAAGAAGGCUCUAAAUGGCUUAACUCAAGAGGACAUGGAGUUCACUAAGCAUUUGGGGAGGUUCCGGACACUCUGGUCAGAGUUGGAGAUGCUGAGGCCAAGCACAACUGAUCCGGAGCUUCUAAAUGAAAGGAGGGAGCAGAAUAAGCAUGUGCUGAGGGCUGAGAAACUCCCUGAUCUGGAGGAUGCGUGUGCUCAGAUACAAAUGGAGCAAGGCUCCAUUGGCUUGUUUGGUGGCAAAGGAGACUUGUCUCUAGCAAAUGCUGCGCAAAGUGAUCAUGAGGAGACUCCACAAGCCAAUAAGGCAGCAGACGGCAAGUAUGAGGAUAGGAAGUUCAAUGGCAAUUGUGAUCACUGCAAGAAGUAUGGACACAAGAAGAGUCAGUGCUGGAUACUUCAUCCCCACCUAAAGCCGGCGAAGUUCAUGAAGGAAAGGGAGGCACGAGCCCACGCAUCUGAGGGAACAAGUGGAGCUGGGUCAUCUAACCGUGGAGCUGAAGGAGAGGGUCGUGAGGGUGAUGGCACGGCACUGGUGACAUACUCAGGACCUCCUAACAUCCGUGGAAAUUAUCAUGACUACAUCAGGAGAUCCGAGAUGGAUGCUCUCAUCAAAAUGCUCAAGGAGAACGGUAACACUCAUGGGUACUCCUUUGGUGCGUCUAUGAUAGCUAAAACUUUAGAAACAUCUGCUUGUGUGGUUGACAUUGCUAGGAUGAAUAGGAUUAAGAGUAAUGAGAAUGUUAGAAAUGAGUACACCUUUGCUAGAAGUGCUAAGAUGAAUCAUGAGUCCAAUGCAUUUAGAUCACCUUUGAACCUUUGUCAUAAUGCUAGCAACAUAACUAAGCCAUUAAUUGUUGAUUCUGGUGCAUCUCAUCACAUGAUUAAUGAUACAAAUCUUAUUAAGGAUAUAGAACCAACUAAUGGACAUGUUAUGAUUGCAAAUGGAGACAAGAUACCUAUUAGAGGAAUAAGGAACUUGAAAUUGUUUGAUAAAAAUACUAGAGCAUUCUAUAUGCCUGAAUUUACAUCUAACUUGCUAUCUGUUAAGAAAUGCACAACUGAUUUGAAUUGCAAUGUUAUAUUCAGUCCUAAUGAUGUAAAGUUUCAGGAUAUUGAGAGCAGCCAAUUGAUUGGAAAAGGAAUCACUAAAGGAGAAUUAUACUUGCUUGAAGAACUUGAUCCUAUUUCCAAUCACAAUUGUUCAUUCACCUCUGCUUCUAGUUUAAAUAAAAAUGCUUUGUGGCAUGCUAGAUUAGGAUACCCUCAUGGAAGGGCUUUGAACUUGAUGUUACCAGGUGUUUCAUUUGAAAAUAAGGAUUGUGAAGCUUGCAUUUUAGGCAAGCAUUGUAAAACUGUGUUUCCAAACUUUACCAGUGUUUAUGAUAAGUGUUUUGAUUUGAUUCAUUCUGAUGUUUGGACUGCACCUUGCAUAUCUAAAGAUAAUCAUAAAUACUUUGUCACAUUCAUUGAUGAAAAAUCUAAAUACACCUGGUUAACUUUAAUUCCAUCAAAAGAUAGGGUGAUAGAUGCAUUUAAGAACUUUCAAACUUAUGUGACUAACCAUUACAAUGCCAAGAUUAAAAUUUUGAGAUCAGAUAAUGGAGGAGAGUACACAAGCUAUGCGUUCAGGAGUCAUCUGAGUCACUAUGGAAUCCUGCAUCAAACAAGCUGUCCUUACACACCUCAGCAGAAUGGUGUGGCUGAAAGAAAAAACAGGCACAUGAUGGAGGUUGCUAGAUCACUAAUGUUCCAAGCAAAUGUUCCAAAGAGAUUUUGGAGUGAUGCUGUGGCCACUGCUUGCUACUUGAUCAAUAGAAUUCCUACAAAGGUCUUAAAGGAUCAAGCACCAUUUGAAGUUCUAAACAAGCACAAGCCAUCAGUGGACUACUUGAGAGUUUUUGGAUGCUUAUGUUAUGUGUUGGCACCAGGAGAGUUGAGGAACAAGUUAGAAGCAAGAAGCACUAAGGCAAUGUUCAUUGGUUACUCAAUAGAAUUCCCACAAAGGAUGGUUACUUGUGAAAAGGGUGAUGGUAACUAUGGAGAGUUACCAGCACUUGAUCAGACCGUUGAGAGAAGGAUAAGGCCGCGACUUGACAGGCUGUAUGCAGCUGGAAAGGGAAAGCAACCUUAUCCAUUCAUCCCACACAUGUGGAGUCUCCCAUUGGCUUAG